AUGACAGGUGGCGAAGGAGACGCGGGAGACAUGGUAGGCUCCAGAGACGGGGAAGGCUUGACAGGUGGCGGAGACGGGGGCGACAUGGGAGACGGACAAAAUGGCCUCUCAGUGAACGGUGCGGACGCUGAGGGCGACGGCAGGCCCCCCAUGCUUGGAGGAGGUACCGGACCUGGGGAUGCCCAGGAGGCGCUGGGAGACGAGGAGUCCGCCGGGGACCAGAUGUUGCCAAACGACGCGUCGGAGUCAACAGCGGGGGUCGCCGAUGCCGACUCUGACGCCACAGACGGCGGCGAUGCCAGCUCGACGGCCGGGGGAGGGGCCAGUCGCAGGAAGCGGCGGAGGAGGCUGCGCUGUAGACAGCAGGUCGGCGAAGACGGCAGCGUUUGCUGCCUGCGCCGCCGCCGCCGCCGUCGCAAGAGGCCCCGCGCCGACGCAGAGUCCACCGACCCCGCCGGCGCCGCUGACUCCGCCACUGCGUCGGCGGACAUGGAGGCGCCCCCGGUGUUGGCGCUCUCUUGA